UGAUUACAGAUAUCGAUAAGUAAACACAUCUUAGGAGCUGUUCGGAACAACUUUUUAAAUGUUUAUGGUGGGAGGUUGGAUUAACUCCAAUUGUAUUGUUGUAGUAUAGAAACUAACAAUGAACCAAAAAUGAAAGAAGUCAAUGGUUGAAGAAAAAAGAAGAUUCCCUUUUUGUUUAGACGGCAGCGUGCGGCAGAGCGGGAAGUGGUGAAGUGGAGUGGAACCAUAUUCUUGCCAGCCUAAUCAGGAUUCAGGAAGAGCACAUGCUACGUAUUUUUGGUAAUGCCAAUAUAAACUCAUCCACAGAUUCCACCUAACUACUCCAUUGUUGCUGUUGCAGAGAUCUAUGGCUUCUUCUCUGCUCUUCUCUCCCUCUUUCUUCGGAAACCCAAUUCCCAUUUCAAUACGUACAAGAACCCCUCCAUGUAGCACAAGAAUUAUUAUCCUUCACGCUUCAAAACAGACUGCGGAUGUUUCUUCUCAAAACCCAACCCGUCUGCUCACUUUUCUUGGCAAAGGCGGCUCGGGAAAGACCACGUCCGCUGUAUUCGCCGCUCAGCACUUUGCUUUGUCUGGACUGCGCACAUGCUUGGUGAUUCAGAAUCAAGACCCUACUCCUGAGUAUCUUCUCGAUUGCAAAAUUGGAAAUUCUCCUGUUGAAUGCAGUCACAACCUCUCAGCUGUUAGGUUGGAAACAACUCAAAUGCUACUUGAACCUCUCAAACGGCUAAAGCAAGCUGAUUCUCGUCUUAAUAUGACACAAGGAGUUCUUGAAGGGGUUGUUGGAGAAGAGCUUGCGGUACUUCCAGGAAUGGAUUCUAUCUUUUCGAUACUUCAACUAGAGAGAUUCGUUGGGUUCUCAGGUAUUAUGGGCCGAAAGGACCAGAAAGAUAAAUAUGACAUAGUAAUAUACGAUGGUGUCUGCACCGAAGAAACAAUAAGAAUGAUUGGAGCAACCAGUAAAAUAAGGUUUGAGACUCUCUCUCUCUCUCUCUCUCUCUUUCUGUCUAUAGUCCCCCCUACCCCUGCACAAAUUUGCAAAAGGAAAAAGAUAAUCUGUAUUACUAAAAGAACAUUGGAUAGGUUGUACUUAAAAUAUCUAAGGAGCAUUGCUGAAAAAACCGAUCUAGGGAGGUUGGCUACUCCUUCGAUUCUGAGGCUUGUUGAUGAAGCCAUGAGUAUAAGCAGGCCAGGCUCCCAUCUGGGUGGUAGAACCAGUACUGAUAUAUGGGAGACACUGGAACACGUGUUAGAGAAAGGGUCUUCUGCAUUUGCAGAGCCAAGAAAAUUUAGCUGCUAUAUAGUGAUGGAUCCAACUAGUCCUGCCUCUGUUCAGUCUGCAUUACGGUACUGGGGUUGUACCAUUCAAGCUGGUGCACAAAUAUGUGGUGCACUUGCUUUCACUUCUUCACACUUUAAUGCAGAAGCCAGUGCUAGUUUGAAGGAGAAAUUUUCGCCCUUAUCUUUGGCCUUCAUACCACAAUUCUCAAUUGGUUCCUCAGUAGAUUGGAACACAGUUCUGGGUGAUGCAUCAAGUAAAGGCCCAAGGGACCUUCUUUUUUCGUCAAAAAGCCUCACCAGCAGUCUGAUACCACCUGUAAAAUUCGAUCCUGGAAACAAAUCAGUUACACUUCUCAUGCCAGGCUUCGGGAAGUCAGAAAUCAAGCUUUACCAGUAUAGGGGAGGAUCUGAGCUGUUGGUGGAAGCUGGGGAUCAGAGACGUGUGAUUUCAUUGCCUAAAGAAAUUCAAGGGAAGGUUGGUGGUGCCAAGUUCAUGGACAGAAGUCUUGUGAUCACAAUGCGCUGAUGUAAUCAAUCACAAAAGUUCAUUUGGCUUCCAUUUCAGAUGUCAUUUUGAUGUUAUUCAAAUCAUAGUAAUUGUCAAUUUACUAAUGAUCUGUUCAAGGAUCAUGAAGGCAAAUUAUACAAAAUGAUUAUAAUUAUAAUCUGCCAAAAGGCACAAGAUAUAAAAUUUUCUGAUUUAUCUCA